AUGCAAAUCAGCCGGACGAAUGUCGACGAAGAAGCCAUGGAAAGGGCCGCCGAAAAUCCCAUCGAUAUUCAACUUCCCGAUGGUCGACGGGUCAUUCAACACGAGGAAUCCGGUAACCGAGAUCUUUCAAUUAUUUCUAGAUGGCUCAGAUCUAGAUUCUAACUUUGUGAGAAAGAACGAAGAAAGAGAACCGUAAAACAGUUAAAGUUAAAAAAAGGUUUAUUUUGCGAUAAAAGGGAAGAAAUCGACUUAUAGCAGUUUCAUGAACGAACCAAAAAAAAACAAAGCAACUCAUUUAAGAGCCCUAUAGCAGCUACUUAGAUCCGAAGACACCCAAGUGAUCACUAGAUCAGGAAAAUCAAAAAAAGGUUCAGUUUGGGAUGAAGUGGAAGAAAUUGACCCUCAACAGUUUCACUGAUUUAAGAGCCCUACAGAAGCUUCUUAGAGACUUUGGAAUUACUCAAGUGAUCCCUAGACUGCUCAGAAUAAUCUAGAUAUCUAAUUUUGUGAGAAAAAAAAUAAACCGAACAGAAUUACAGCUUUUGAGAGUAACGUAGCAACUAGAGUUCUCAAAACCGAACGUUCAAAAAAAUGACCGUUUGAAAAAAAUGAACUUUUUUUCAUUUUUUUCGAUAGUUUAGGAUAUAUCAUUUUCAAACGUUCAACCAAAAAAAGUUCGAAAAAUCGUUUUUCUUAUAAUAAUGAACGUUUGCUUUUUCACAUAAAAACGGACGUUCGUUUUUUUGAACGAACUGUUUUGAAAUGGAAAAAUGAACGUUCAUUUUUUUGAACGAACUUUUUUUGGAAAUGAAAAAAAUGAACGUUCGUUUUUUUGAACGAACUUUUUACGAACGAAAAAUGAACGUUCACUUUUUUUGAACGAACUUUUUCACGAGCGAAAAAUGAACGUUCAUUUUUUUAAACGAACUUUUUUUGAAAAUGAAAAAAAUGAACGUUCAUUUUUUUGAACGAACUUUUUGGAAAUGAAAAAAAUGAACGUUCAUUUUUGAACGAACUUUUUACGAAAUGAAAAAAAUGAACGUUCAUUUUUUUGAACGAACUUUUUGAAAAUGAAAAAAAUGAACGUUCAUUUUUUUGAACGAACUUUUUGAAAUGAAAAAAAUGAACGUUCAUUUUUUUGAACGAACUUUUUGAAAUGAAAAAAAUGAACGUUCAUUUUUUUGAACGAACUUUUUAGAAAUGAAAAAAAUGAACGUUCAUUUUUGAACGAACUUUUUUUGAAAAUGAAAAAAAUGAACGUUCAUUUUUUUGAACGAACUUUUUGAAAAUGAAAAAAAUGAACGUUCAUUUUUUUGAACGAACUUUUUUGAAAAUGAAAAAAAUGAACGUUCAUUUUUUUGAACGAACUUUUUUUGAAAAUGAAAAAAAUGAACGUUCAUUUUUUUGAACGAACUUUUUAAAAAUGAAAAAAAUGAACGUUCAUUUUUGAACGAACUUUUUACGAAAUGAAAAAAAUGAACGUUCAUUUUUUUGAACGAACUUUUUGAAAAUGAAAAAAAUGAACGUUCAUUUUUUUGAACGAACUUUUUGAAAAUGAAAAAUGAACGUUCAUUUUUGAACGAACUUUUUUUGAAAAUGAAAAAUGAACGUUCAUUUUUUUUGAACGAACUUUUUGAAAAUGAAAAAUGAACGUUCAUUUUUUUGAACGAACUUUUUUGAAAAUGAAAAAUGAACGUUCAUUUUUUUGAACGAACUUUUUAAAAAUGAAAAAAAUGAACGUUCAUUUUUUUGAACGAACUUUUUGAAAAUGAAAAAAUGAACGUUCAUUUUUUUGAACGAACUUUUUACGAAAUGAAAAAAAUGAACGUUCAUUUUUUUGAACGAACUUUUUAAAAAUGAAAAAUGAACGUUCAUUUUUUUGAACGAACUUUUUGAAAAUGAAAAAUGAACGUUCAUUUUUUUGAACGAACUUUUUACGAAAUGAAAAAUGAACGUUCAUUUUUGAACGAACUUUUUAAAAAUGAAAAAUGAACGUUCAUUUUUGAACGAACUUUUUUGAAAAUGAAAAAAAUGAACGUUCAUUUUUUUGAACGAACUUUUUAAAAUGAAAAAAAUGAACGUUCAUUUUUUUGAACGAACUUUUUAAAAUGAAAAAAAUGAACGUUCAUUUUUGAACGAACUUUUUUUAGAAAUGAAAAAAAUGAACGUUCAUUUUUUUGAACGAACUUUUUUGAAAAUGAAAAAAAUGAACGUUCAUUUUUUUGAACGAACUUUUUGAAAAUGAAAAAUGAACGUUCAUUUUUGAACGAACUUUUUACGAACGAAAAAUGAACGUUCAUUUUUGAACGAACUUUUUGGAAAUGAAAAAUGAACGUUCAUUUUUUGAACGAACUUUUUGGAAAUGAAAAAUGAACGUUCAUUUUUUGAACGAACUUUUUACGAACGAAAAAUGAACGUUCAUUUUUUGAACGAACUUUUUUAAAAUGAAAAAUGAACGUUCAUUUUUUGAACGAACUUUUUUAAAAUGAAAAAUGAACGUUCAUUUUUUGAACGAACUUUUUGGAAAUGAAAAAUGAACGUUCGUUUUUUGAACGAACUUUUUACGAACGAAAAAUGAACGUUCAUUUUUUUAAACGAACUUUUUAAAAAUGAAAAAAAUGAACGUUCAUUUUUUGAACGAACUUUUUUUGAAAAUGAAAAAUGAACGUUCAUUUUUUGAACGAACUUUUUGGAAAAUGAAAAAUGAACGUUCAUUUUUUGAACGAACUUUUUGAAAAUGAAAAAUGAACGUUCAUUUUUUGAACGAACUUUUUGGAAAUGAAAAAUGAACGUUCAUUUUUUGAACGAACUUUUUUACGAACGGAAAAUGAACGUUCAUUUUGGUUGAACGUUCAAAAGCAAACUUGAACCAAAAGUUUGGUUUCAACAUUUGUUCGAAAAUGUUUGGUCGAACGUUCGUUCGAACGUUUGGUUUUGAGAACUCUAGUAGCAACUCAUCUAAAAACCCUAUAGCAACUUCUUAGAUCCAAAAACACCCAAGUGAUCUUCUGAAAAAGUAAAAAAAAAGGUUCAGUUUGAGAUAAAGUGGAAGAAUUUGACUUCCAACAGUUUCACUGAUUUGAGAACCCUAUGAAAGCUUCUUGAAGAUUUCAAAAACACUUAAAAGAUCACUAGAUUGCUCAGUAUCUUCUAGAUACCUAAUUAUGAAAAAAAAAAUCCGAGUGAACAUAAUUACAUCUUAUAUAAACCUGUCUACCGAUGGGAAAGUCAGAAAAGGUUCAGUUUGCGAUAAAAGGGAAAAAUCGGUUUAUAGAAGUUUUAUUAAAGAAAUUCUUCCCAAAGAAACAUAGCAACUCAUCUGAAAACCCUACAGCAGCUUCUUAAACUUUAAAAACACUGAAGUGAUCCCCUGGGAGUCAAAAAAGGUUCAGUUUGAAAUAAAAAGGAAGAAAUUGACUCCCAACAGUUUCACUGAUUCAAAAGCCCUACAGCAGCUUCAUAGAGACUUCAAAAACCCUCAAGUGAUCACUGGAUUGCUCAGCAUCUUCUCUAAACAUAAUUACAGCUUAUGAGAACCUUCAAACUGUUGGAAAAGUCAAAAAAAAGGUUCAGUUUGGGAUAAAGUGAAAGAUAUUGACUUCCAGCAGUUUCAUGAAAUUAGAAGAAACUUCGCAACGGAUUUGAGAACCCUACAGCAGCUUCUUGGAGACUUUAAAACCCCUCAAGUGAUCACUACAUACCUUAGACUUAUCAUAAAGCCUUCACUCUGAGAAAAUAGCCAAUAAAAAACACUCAAAUGAUCCCUAGAUUGCUCAGAACCACCCUAAUAGCCGAUUUUGUAAGUAAGAAGCUGCUUAAACACAAUUACAGCCUAUGAAAACCUGUACACGGACGGGCGGUCGUUCGACGACGUCGACGGCUCCGGAGACUCGCUGAGCUUCAAGUUCGACUUCAAGCUGCACGGCGACGGCGUCCGACAGAUGGCCGACGUCGGCAACUCGGUUCAGUCCAACUCGUUCAUGCUGCAACACGGCUGCGUCAUGUACUCGUUCGCCUACAGCCUGACCGUCAUCGGCAAGAGGGACGACGGUCCGUUUAGUUUAUUUAUACCUUCUUCCUCUCCUAUUCGGGUCGGUCUGACCUUCCCGCUCUUUUCUCUCGACAGUGCUCCCACUCCCAUGCUGAUGAGGGUAGACCAGCCGUACUUACACGGGCUUCCAGCGGGUGUACCCGUAUUGAGCCCGCAUAAGGACACCUGGUAGAACUUUUUGCAUUUUCUACCACAGCUGAGGCAUCAUUUUUGCACAUUCGGUUCUCAAAUUUCCGAAAUAAACACAGCUGGGUCCACUUGCGCCCGUUUUUCUCCCGUUUUAGCAGAACUGAGUCCCCAAUGAACACGGAAUUAGUACGGGUACACCCGUGGAGACGCCUGAGCAUUAUUAAGCGUUUUUAACAUUUCUCUGACCUCUCCGAGUAGAGAAAAGAGAGCGCAGACAGGUUAGCUUGUUCCGUUUGAAAUCCUAUCGAUUUUACAAGGAUUUUUAACGCAAAAACGUCUAGAUUUCUUUUUUUUUUUCAUUAAAAAGUACUUUUUUCUUACUUCUGUUACAAAAAAUAGUUGUGAGAAGUUUUUGGAACUUUGAUUGAGUCUUAAUUUAAAUCAUUCUGCUUCAAUUUUUUUUUUUUGGGAAACUUGAUUUUUGGUAGGGUCCUCACGGCUAAAAAAGACAAAAAAAAAUCGCUUUUCCACUGAAAUUGAUUUUGAGCCGCCUUAACUCAAUCAGAAAACAAAAAUAUGAAAAAAUUGUAUUUUUGUUGAAAUUUGGCUGCUCGAAAUAAUGCGGAAAACCCUUGAAAAUGGUAUUUUCACAUCAUUUUUGAUAUUUCUAGGUUCAAAAGAACCUAAAGUUUUCAAAUCACGAUUUCAGACCUCAUCUGCGAGUUCCGACUGUUUCCGAUCGACUUUUCCUACCGCUAUCCUACAAAAGCAAUAGCCGGAGGUUUACUUGCACAAAAAAGAAUCAAUGAAAUAUAUAAUUUUCCAGGAGUUCAAUGUAACGUCAAUCAACCGGCGCCAACCCUUACGAAAUGCACCCUUUCGCUGGCCGAUUUCGAAGGAAAAAGUAGGGUUAUACAGGAAGAUGUAGUUGAUUUUGAAAGCUAGAGUCUUGAUUACGCGGACCGGACCUUUCUGAGAUUUCUAGUGACCACUAUAGUGGCGUCAGGACUCUCAAGUGAUCCCUAGAAGAGCUCAGAAACGUCCAAUUUGCGUGACAGAGGUGUGAGAACGCAAACCGGAUGCUUCUGAUGAUUUCUAGUGGCCACUUUAGUGACGUCAGAACUUUUAAAGGAUCCCUAGAAUACUUUAGAAACGUUCGAUUUGUGUUACUGAGGUCCGAGAGAAAAAAACUUCAGAGCGGAAAAAAAUAAAUUUUCGAAAAAGUUUGAAAAACUUGAGGUAGUGGUCACCAAGGUACAGUUAGUGGUCCAAUGGAGAGUUUACUACCAAAAGUUUUAUCAAUUUUUACUGAAACUGUGAAAUAAGUUUACACUUUAAAUACUUUCUUUUCAGUGAAAUUACAUAUUAACGAAAAAGGAGAAUAUAAGCCGAGCGUCAUACUUCCUCACAAGCUUCUCUGCAUACUGACUGAGGUUUUUUUUAGAAAAAAUUAUAUUUUUAAAAAUUGCCCUUUCAGAAAGCAUCAACUACGCUACAUGUCACUGUGCAAGUCUCUGAAGGAUAUUUUAAAUUGGAAAAAUAUUCCGAUUUGAAGCCGUUAGUUGCAAUUUUGCAUUACAGAGUCUGAACACGGCGUUUUUGUUAGUGGGAAAAAAAAGGGAAACCAAAAACACGGUGGGCGGAGCCAAAGUAUCCGCCGUUCACACGUGACGUCAUGGGCAGAGAUUUCGGCUACAAAGGCGUAAAUAACAGGGCAUUUUAAAGGCGCAGGCCGCAGUUUUGCCAGAGGUCUUUAGGACGAAUCGAAAUUUCUCUGCAUAAACGCAAUUUUCUGCGCGAAAGCGGCGCAGUGCAUGCACACUACACACGACACUUUACGGAGAAAAAGUGUGCGUGGCGUACGCGAAAAACGCCGUGUGAAAUCUAUAUAAAAACAAGCCUAUUCUACAAUUUAUCAUUAAAAAACUCUUAUGAUCCUCAAAAAUGCCUUUUUAGAAAGGUAAUCGAAAAUAUAGUCUAUCUGUCGCGAAUUGACAGUUUUGAAUUGUCUCCGUCUCUCUGUUCCCUCACCGGGGAGGUUAGAGGAACAAGGAAACAGCAUGUGAGCAUGAGAGGGCGCAGAGAAAAACAGCGAGUCGCAAAAAACAGACUAUAUAUGAAUUAAAAAAACUUCCUUGAAAGGAAAUAAAAAAAUUUGAAAAAAAUCCAUGAAUUUGAAAAAUUUGAAUAAAGAUCGCUUUACACAAACCUGUCAUGCUAUAAAAAAAUAAAUCGGAAAAAAACUGUUUAAGAAAAAAAUCGCCGUAGCUCCACCGAACAGCGACGCGGUGAUUUCGGCGAUUUUGAAGGGAAGAAAGGUUCCAAAAUGUGAUUGGGUGAUAACGGUUGGCGAGGGAUCCCCCAGGGAUUUCAAUGUCCACGGAGUUUUGCUCGCCGAGUCGAGUUUGCUUUUCAAGGUGGGUUUGGAUGGAAAAUUCUCAAAAUUUAUGUAUCUUUAUUCAUUUUCGAGACAAAAACUUCAUGCCUUGUUCGAAGUGAUGACGCGAAAUUUGAAAUCGCCUCUCUCUGAAAAACUGGGCCUCAAAACUUUCUAGAAAAUUUUUCAAAAUUUCUGAUACCUUGGUCUUCUCGACUGAAUAACUUAUUCGGAAUGUUUUUUCGAUUUAACUUCGAAACUGUAAACUAAACUUUAAAAAAGUGUCUUGAAAGGAACCACUGCAGUUCCUUCAAAAUUCCACUUAAUUCAAAGGAUCAGUGAAAUUUAACAAAAAUGUAUCCUAAAAAUACAGGAAUAAUAAUUACACCGUAAUCUACAAAAUUUCUUUGAAAAAUCACGAAAAUUUAAUUAAAAAUGAUUUUCAGAUAGCAGUCGCGCAGCACAUGAGCUCCUCGGACAAUCAAAUUUUGAUGGUUUCUCACGAAAAUCGAAUGAUUUUGUCCAAAAUCCAUUCCCAAGACAUGGAAGUGGUAGGGCCUUUUUCUUAUUGUUUUUUAGUCAAUGUUUCCCGACUUGAAAGGCGAAGGAGGCGGGGCAAGAGGCGGGACGCGUAGCGUGCGCGUUCGCGGUUCUUGGCACGUGUUCAAUUCAACCGCCAUCUACUCUUUGAAAAACCCGUUUUUCGCUUUUUUCAUUCCUUUUUCAAUUAUUUAUUGAUUAUGUUCAUGUGUGCAUCAGAAAAUAGUAGAAAGCAUUGAAAAAGAGCGGUUGCCGAGCUUUUUAAAUAGUCGGCGAAAAAUGAAUUGAACUCGUGCCAAGAACCGCGAACGCACACGCUACGCGUCCCGCCCCUUGCCCCGCCUCCCUCCCCUUUCAAGUCGGGAAACAUUGACUAUAUGAGCCAUUUAUGGAAAAUUCCAGCUUUUGCACUACAUUUACAAGCGUCAAUUUGUUCGUCCGAAAUUCGAUUCCUAUGCUCGUGUUGGCCGAUUUUUGACCUGUGUUUUCAGGUUUUCCUUUCAAAAAUAUUUAAGAAAGGAAAUUAUUUUACUCUGAACUGAAAAAAAAUUGAAAAAAUCAGAGUUCUUUUUUAACAAACUAGAGAUGAUUCUGAAAGUCUUAGCCUUUUCGAUUCUCUUAUUUUCAAUUGAAAAGACGAUUCAAGGUCUGGAAAUGACCGAUUUUUACGGAUUUGGAUGAGUUCCUGACUUGCAAAGAAGCUCCAGAGUGGUCACUAGAGGGUUAAGGGGAAAAAAAACACCCCUAUUGUGGACAAAACAGCGCUUCAGAGGGCUAAAACUUAGACGGCACCAGUUCUUAAAAAUUGAGUGGUCCCUAUAGAGGUACUUUAAUUUUUUUGUUGAUUCGAGUUUUUGAAACACUUAUGUCUUCAGCCAUUAACGAGCUUCUCUAAAGUGACCACUAACUAAAACUCCUAGAAAGACCCCUUUUCCAAGUUUCAGCGCCCCUAUAGGGGAGGAAAGGCGGUGUCUCAAGGGUAAUCUUCUACAAGAGUAGAGGCUGAGGUUAACCCCUCAAGUGACCACUCCGGCAUUUCUGAUUGAGUCUCGAAACAGCCUAUUUAAAAAGUGAAUCAUUUUCAAGGCGCUCCUUUUUAUGAAAAAAGAAGUCCUGCAUGAUGAGAAUUUCAAGGUCUUCAUUUAAAAAAUAUUAUGACCGAUUUUCUGGUGUGCAAAGUGAAAAACCAUCCUUAUAAAUAAAUAAAAGAACCAAACAAUUUUUUUUCAGAGAUGCGAUUGGAGACUUUUUCCUGCAUUGGCAAGCCCAAAUCGUCGCCGAAAUCUUGAAUCUUGACGUUUGAAUUUUUUCUUGAAAAAUUCGAUAAGUCAAAAUGUUUAGAGAUCUGAUUCGCUAAACACGUUGACCAAGUGUGUUCAACACCUGGUUUCCGUGGCGAGUUCUCCUCCCGGAUCUCUGAUUGUCGCUUUCAACGUCGCCAUGACUGUUGCUGCCGAUGCGGUUCAUUUUUUUUUUUUUCGUGGAAAUUUCUGAUCUCUCUUUUUCUUUCAAGUUUUAAAACUCCAAUAAGCAGCUGAAACACAUGUUUAUACGUGAUAGAAUUAAUCCAGUCAAUGAAAUUAGUGACUUAUAAUCGAGGCUUGAAACAGCUUAAUGAAGUUUUUUUACCUAUUUAAACUGAAACUGCACGAUUUCUGUCGUUCAAAGCAUAAUUUAACAGUAAAAUAAGUGAAAAAAAUUUUUUUCAUUUGAAUGAGUUCCCCUCAAAAAAAUAGAAAUGUUUUCAAAUUUUUCGAUUUAAUUUGCCUUUUUUACUCUGAAAUGUGUGUUUCAGGCCUUCUCUAUUUUCAGGAAAAUCGCGGAUAAUCAUUUUUUAAUUUAUUUCUUACGGCCUCAGAACACAAAUUAUAUAGUUCAUAUUUUUAAAAAAAUUUUAUUUUAUAGCAAAUAUUAAACCAAAAUCUUUUUGUAUUCAAAAUCCUGAUUUCCAGGGUCAAAAAAAAAAAACUAAUAUCUAUGACAAAUAUCUAACCAACCUUUCAUUCUCCUCGAAAUAUAAAGUUUCAGUGGCAAAUGGCCGAAGCGAAAGGCGAGGAAAAGUUGAAAGAACGACUUUUGAAAGCGGUUCCAGGCCUCGGGAUCGUCGAGAGUAUCCUUGACACGUUUUUUUUUCGCAAUUUUUCUGAAAUUAUUCUUCUUUUUUUACAGGAUUCAGGAGUUCAAAACGGUUCUUUGCGGGGUCAAAAAGACGAGAGUUUGA